AUGAGCUCAUACUUCUCAUCCUUGACCACCUCUUCGGCCAUUUCUGGCCUAGGCUCGCGACUCACCAAUCUUCGUCGUGCCAUUACGCUAGGCGACGAGGGAGACGACCCCGACAACGAAGACUGCUCCCACAUCUCCAACGCCCUUCGAGCCUACUACGCUGAAAAGGGCCGACCAUUCCCACCAUGGCUCCCACAAGACCCCAAGGGCCCAUCUCCGACCCCCUCCCGCCAGAUUGCGACUUCACAGCUACCCUCUGGUGGCUACAACCAAGGGUCCGCCAACACCGGCCGGAACGGUGGUCUAGGUGAUCUAUGGGGCGAUUCUCCAUCCCAAACAUCGCUCCCACAGACGGCCAGUCUUCGUCGCGGACGUGGUGGCACAGCACCGCCGCUCGCCUCCGCCAACAGCGCGCCGUCGGGCUCCUCCUCCUCGCCCGGGCCCGCUCUCACACAUUCUCAGUCCUACUCGCCUGCUGGAUCGGGCUCCCCCCAUCCAUCUGGAGCGCGGCCAUUGCCCAGCCAGCGAGCUGGGUCAUCUCAGUCUUCCCAGGGUCGUCCGAAUCUCGACCGUGUUGGGUCGGGUGGUGGUUCGGCCCAGGACCGACUGCGAGCCAGAUUGCAGGGAGGAAGGUCUCCUAGUCCUCAUGUUGACCCUAGUGUCCGGAAGCCUGUUGGAGCACCUGGAAGACGGUGA